AACCUAUCGGUCCCUCUCUUCUUCCCCAAAUUACAUCCUCAACUCAAAUCCCUAAAAUUGAAGAUGGAGAAGCAGCGCCUCCAUCGUCUCCUCAUCUCUCCUCAAAUUCUCCUUCUCCAAUUCUCAUUCUCUCAAAAACCCGCCGCCAGUUCUCCACAGCGCCGCCUCCAGCUCCCGUCAAGCUCACUCUCACCGUACAGCUCCACCGCCGUCGGCUGUCCAUCACUGAUCGAAUCGCCGGCGCUCCCUAUCGCCGGUGAUUCCCAUCGGUCUUCUCCCUAUCUCUGUCUGUUUCUCUCAUCGUUGAGCAUUCUCUCUCCCUCUACGACUCCGCAGCUAGCCUCCGACGCAGUCCCAACAGUGAUUCCGUGUCGUACCAGGAGCCGCUGCUGCCACCGCCGUCUCACCCUCACGGCGGCAGGUUCCCUCUCGGCGGCAUCGCUGUAUCCGUCGUUGUGCUCAGCUCGGCAUCGCGCAAUCGGUUGGCGCUGCUCUCCGCCGCCUUUCCGCUUGUCGCUGCUGGCUCUUGUGAUCGCCGUUGCUACGGCCGUGGAGUCCGCGCGGCUGCUCUCGUGGCUUAGCCUCUGCCGGAGGUCGUGGGGCAGCGCUUCGGCUUCAAGUGGAAGGACAACUCAUGCUAUCUCUAGGAGACUACAAAUUGACCUCUUGGCAUAGAGUGGUGUAUGGAAUCGGGAUGGGCGGUGUAUGGAAUCGGGAUGGGCGUGGAGGAAACCCUCAAGGAUUUGUGUAGUUCAUAGCAAUUAUUUCUUUGCCCCUUUAUAGCUCUCUAUGUAGGAUAGCUUUUGUAAAGUAGAUAUGUCUUCUUCCCCAAAUUUCUUAUGUAACCUUUUUCCAUGAAAGAUGGACUUCUUCCUUGUAAAGCGUGUCUCUUGAAUUUCUUGUUUGGGAAAGAGUUAAAUUAGGACUUGCAAAUUCCCAUGCAUACAUAAACAUUAUACACGUCCAUACAUUCCCUUAUGUAUAUGUGUAGUAUAUCAUUUGAUAACUCUUUG